AUUUACUUGAAUGAAAUCUUUGAAAGAAAGAACACCUGCUGCCACGCCUGUUCUUCACUUCUUGCCUUCCUGUUGUGCGCCAGUUCUUCGAGCUCAAUCAAACUCGACUUACCACAAUGUCCGACUACGGCGAGAACGAAGCUGAAGAAACCUAUGACUACGAGCCCGGUCAGGACUAUGAUGAUAUUGAGCCCGAAGACUUCCUCAACCCUGAGGACGCCGAGGGCGGCGAGAAUGGCGCGGAGGGUUACGACGACGGGUCCUAUGCACCCGCUGUGAACGGCGAUCGUGUUGUGGUCUCAGGUGACCCGAAUGCAGGGUAUUCGGGGAAAGUGGUCGAACAGGCGCGGGCGAAAAAGAUUCCCAACGAGGAGCGCACGACAACUCCAUACAUGACCAAAUAUGAGAGGGCCCGUGUUCUGGGUACAAGAGCUUUGCAAAUAAGUCUCAAUGCGCCAGUGCUUGUAGACCUCGAGGGAGAGACGGAUCCGCUGCAGAUUGCCAUCAAAGAGUUGGCCCAGAAGAAGAUCCCUCUUAUUGUGAGGAGGUAUUUGCCGGAUGGAACGUAUGAGGAUUGGACAUGCGAAGAACUACUAUAAUAUAUUGAUGAGCUUGUAUCUGAAAAUGGGCUUCGCUUCUUGUUAUUGUCUUUCUGGUUGAACUUUCCCAAUUUCCGCAUAGCGUUUGGAGUUCAGGAGUAGGACACGGGCGACGGCCAAUCGGUCGAGUCCUGCAAAGGGAAAAUAAACAAAAACACUCAAAUCUUGUUAGUAAAUAUUCAGAAGAAAAAAAUUCAAAAGAGGAAAGUUUGUAUUGAGA